AUGGAUAAUGCCAGAGACUCAAUAUUCGAAGCAUUGGCGCGUGGGAACGGGAAGCUUGCAACGCAAUUAAGUGCGAAACUAUGUGGUCAAUUUCCUAAGGCUAGUUUCCCUAGGCUGCUCGACCAAUAUGUCCGGUUCCGGCAGAAUAAAGGUAAAUACGACGCAAAGGUGAUGCUAGAGCCGUUAUUAGAAAAUUCUUCACUGCCCAGUGACCUUCGUUCGCUCGAGUUACUUCACCAGUUUCGGUUAGAAUUAGGUCAUCUGGAUCGCGCCUUAGACGGAUACAAGAAGGCGAUGCAAAAGUAUCCCAGUCUUGAAAUUGGGUACGGUUGGUUCAGUAAAGCGAUAGAGGAUUUGAAUCUGCGGCAUAUGGUCCAGGCUUCGUUUCAACUUAAGCGUUGGUCGCAGGACCCGCGCAUGAUGCAAUUCUGGAACGCAUUGUCGACAGUGGCUCUAAUAAAACUCCAACCUAAACAGAUAACCGAAAAGGAGCGCCAAUUGAAUGCCACAUUAGCUCUUAAGACCCUGGAGGGCCUCAAACCUUUCCAAUCGGACCAAGAGACAAUAAUUUUCUGUCAUGUGUGUGAGAUAUGCGACAACAAAUCGAAAGAAAUUGUGGUUGAACUACUUCCAGCGUUCGAACAGGGAAGCCAUGAUAAAUUUUCUGUGGAUCUGUACCUGAAAAACUUCCUUAUCAAUCACCUUUCAAUUGUGGGCGACAAUCAUAACUUAUUCAACGUCUGCAACUUCUUGCUCCAAUACCUUGACGAUUUUACGAUUUUAACCAACCUUAUUGAGAGUGGUAAAGCCUGCAAUAAGCCCAAGGGGACUGUGGAGGAAAUAAUUGGGAUUCGUAAGUCUCGGAAUCAUUUUCUUGCUCGCCUUCAUUUAGAUGUGGUUUAUGGUGGUACUAUCAUGGAAACUUCGAUCGAAAGCUAUUUAGAGCAUUUUCACGAUAAACCAUGCUGUGUGCCGGAUUUAACCCACUACCAAAAAGAAAUCCCCAUCACUACCAUAAAAAAAUCGAUGAGUAAAUUUCCCGGUGGGCUGGUGCAUGACUGUAAUUACACCAAGCUUGUUGGAGAUAAUGACCGGACGUACUUUUUUGAACUGUUUUCAAAGUACAAGCACACAUUAAAGGAGAAGCCAAAGACAGAUUACUCAUGCUGUUCAUAUUUUAUUCUGCAAAUCCUACACUCACUUAUUAAUGACGAAUGUUUAAGUCUCGAGAAUGCCGUCACCGGUAUUGCUCUGCUGGAAGAGUAUCAAGCCCUUGAUCCUUACAAUUUUGAGACCAGAGUCUGGCUGGUGGUCAUGUACAACUACCUGGGAUGUCCCACUUUGGCCUACGAGCAUUUUGUGGAAUUGAAAGUUAAAAACUUGCAAGUGGACUCAGUUGAUUUUCUCAUGACAACCAGAUAUUCCACUUUAUUCCCCGUCAAAGAUCACGGCUUCGCUGGCCACUUAAGGUCGAGUGACAACGUUCACAAGUCCACCGCUAAUUUACCAAGGUUCAUCCAGAUUUCUUUCGAGCGUAAAAGUUAUAGUAAGAUUCUUGGCAUGUUAGAAUUGUACCACAAGGUGACCACUUCCUUGACAAAAUGGUCAAGACUAGGUGAGCAAUUACAACAGGCACGAAUCUUCAACGAUAAACGUGGAGAACUGUUAAGAAAUCUGCAGGAUUCAUUAACCAUGUUAUGUCAGUAUAGUACUAAUUAUGGCAUCGAUGCUGGCCGUGAUUUGUUGCUUUUGAGCGAUAAUCGUGAUUUUUCGAUUUUGGGCUCCAUGCAAACAACUUGUACUGAAGUCACCGCCUACUUGAAACAGGACUCGGCCUCUGUGCUGGCUACUUGUUUGCAGGAGUUAUUAUUGGGGCUAAGCAAUUCGGGGGAACGUAAUGAGGUAAUCGAGGAAAUUUUGUUAGCGCACGGUACCGCCUUAAGCAGCAAAAUGACACCAGCUGAAAGAUGGGCAUUUGGAACUAUAAAAUUGGUAUAUGAGUCACAAUUUGAUGAGUCAAAGACUUCUCAGUUGGUAGAGCAACUGAGUGCAUGCCCCGAACUUGGAGCCCAAGCAUGGCACUUAGUCCACGAUUUCCACUUACAGUUGGCUACGCUGAAAACUCUUGAUCAGAUGAAACGCAUCAAAGACUCGAAAUGCAGGUCUUUGGUUAAAUCCCUUCUGCGUAGACUGCGAGAAGAGGGUCCAAAUUUAAUCAAGCAAUAUCUUGAUACUGUGGCCGUCAUUGAGCCUAGUAAUGGGGUAUUGCAGCAGCUAAAUAUCAAGCCCAUGAAACUUCGCAUUGCCAACUCGAUUAUGGCCACCUUCAAAUCUGCUAGGAACCUCUAG